AUUGGAGAUGAAGCAACAACAAAUGAAAAAUACCCUGAGAUCAGAGCUUUCUUCAAAGAAAAUUGACCUAAAUUUCUCAUUCAAGCAAUCGGAUUUUAGCUCCAGCAAUGGAUUUAAAUCAAUUAAGAAAGAAAGUUCUAAUGAAGUCCAUAAAAUGGACCACAUCAUGACUGGGGUAGAGGUUUUGAGUAAACUCGAUCAUACUCCACACUUACACAAAAAUACGAAGCUUCAAGGCUCUUCUAUGAGUAACAAAGAGGGGCCUCCCUCUGUGCAUAACAUAAAACAAAAGAAGGCCAAUGAUCUUCGCUUUAUUAAUGAGCCUAUAUCUCUGAUCUCUGAUAACAAGGAGACCCCUUCUCUAACAGAAGUGAAAGCCUCAGACCUGAUCCCUUUUACUAACAGAGAAAAUGCAAGGAAACAGAAGGGUAAAAAUUCUAAGAAAUUGACAAAAUUCGCAAAUUUUGGGAUAGAAAUAUCUACUCAUAAAGGAAGUGAUAAGAUCCUAAGAUCACCAGGAAAGCGAGAAUCCCACACAAAUUCAAAGGUCAAGAUAAAGCCAAAUGAGGUGAAAAGGAAGGGGAAUAAGAGUAAAGAGAAGGUGCAGAGUGAUUGAAAUAAAAUAGUAAGGAGUCCACCGAUAUCAGAUAGCAAUGGCAUUUGUAAUCUGAAUUUUGCAAAUAUGAACCUAAAUAGUCUCAAAUCAACUAGUGAAUUCAUUAAGAAGCAAGAAAAGGAUUCCAGCGCUGCUGCUCGGAAUCAUUUGUAUAAACUCAAUUCUCGAAUGAUGAACCAAAAUGAAGCUGAUAAAAUCAAACCAGCUCAGAUAAAUCAGCUAGCAGAGAACAUGCAAGAUAUUUAUAUAGAAGGAAAAUAAUUCCAGACAGAAGGAACCAGUGAACAAGAAUUUGCUGAGAUACAUCAAUGGAUUUAGAUUCGAAACACCAAGCAGUAAUACUGCAGAAUCAACAACUGCAGCUACAUCAAUGAGAAAGAUUUCUAAUAGAUUUUCACCAAGCAUGGCUGAUGGUGCUAGCAUUCCUGACCCUAUCCUUACUGAAUCAAGCGAUAGAAGAAAGCCUAUAUUCACUCCUAAACUUGGAUCCAAGAAUUUAAUGAAGCAAUCAUUAGAAAGGAUCAACAAGGCCAUUAAAAGAUAUGACAAGAACAUCGGGCCUGAUAAUGUUCCUGGCCUUUAUCAGCAAUACCGUAAUCCUUCUUCCCCUUCUCAAGCUAGAGAAAAUCUUGAAAGUGAAGGGAGUAGUCUCUUUGGAAGUGUCAUAAUGCUUGAUGACCCAAAAGUCAUGCUCUCUAGCAAUAAAGAACUUAGUGAAAACAUCGCUAACUCAAUUGUGUGUGACAGUGAAACAAAUAUCGAAAAUUUCACUCUCGGCCCAGCUCAAUUCAAGCAAAUCACUGAAAACGCUUCUAAUCGAAAUUAUGAUACUGAUCACAAAGAAGAUGAAGAUAUUAACCUUGGAAGAAAUAAGAAGGAUAUGCAAAAAUUUUCUUCUGCUGAUAGACUCCACUCUAAGAAGAGAAAAUACUUCGUAAAACCAGAGCCAAGUGGAACCAAUAUGCUUAGAUAUAAAUCCCAGAUAUCUAGUCCAUUAGUGCUAGUUGAUGGCAAUAGUACUUUUAAGAGAGAUAGAGGCUCUGCUCCUAGUGUGGAGCCUGAAAUUGUCCAGAAAUUGGAUUUUCAGAAAGGUGUUAUUAUAGACAAAAAUUAUAAAACUAGAAGCUCACUGCAUCGGUCUGAUCCAAUUCAUAUAAAAUUCAGGGAAUCAAAAUCGAAGAUUCCCAUUACAAAUCAAGACUUUAAUCCGCUAGGAUGCCAAAAAUAUAUGGGAAAGUUCAGAAUGAGAGAUUCUCGCCAAUCACGUGCGUGUCAUAGCAUGAAGAGGACAAUAAAAAUAGGGAAGAAUAAAAAGAUCCCUAAGGAUUUUUUCUCAUAGAGCCUCCAUUAUUGUA